GCCGCAGUGAAGCCUGAACUCGAGUAGGGCCCAAGCCAGCCAGGAAGGAGGAGGCAGCCAGAGCGUUCUCUGCAGCAGAAGACUCCUUGCUGCCCUGCUUAACCCAGACCAGCAUUUGCCAGGGAGGGGAAACCAGGCCAGUGCCACAAGCCAGAUGUCUUGAGAAGUGUACGUGGGAAAUAUAGCACUUAGAAGCAAAUCGGAACCUUUGGGGUUAAAGUAACACUUUGGCUUGUAUACUGUGUGCAGGCCUCAGCAUUUUCAAGGAGGAGGAUGCUACCUUGUGCUGUACCAACUUCCUUUCAGAAGAGAGAACAAGAGGAUUGACUAUUCUUGAAGUGAUCCUAACCAGUAAAGAAGACUUGGUUAAUGAAGUUGAAGUACUGAGGACUUUGCGGGAAAGCGACCAUACAAUGUUGAAAUUCUUGUCUUACAGAGAGCUAAAGGCGCUUCCUAUACAAGCUGUUGCAGUGAUCAUCAUGGGAUGUUGUCCUGGUGGAACAGCUUCCAAUAUUUUAGCCUACUGGGUAGAUGGUGACAUGGACCUAAGCGUCAGUAUGACAACAUGUUCAACCCUCCUGGCCAUGGGGAUGAUGCCACUUUGCCUCCUUGUUUAUACCAGAAUUUGGACAGACUAUGACUCCAUUUUAAUCCCCUAUGACAGCAUUGGCAUUUCACUGGUGGCUCUUGUCAUCCCUGUUUCCUUUGGAAUCUUUUUCAAGCACCGAUGGCCCAAAAUAGCUAAAAUCGUACUCAAGGUUGGUUCCAUUAGUGGUGCAGUUCUUAUUGUGGCCAUAGCUGUGGUUGGAGGAAUAUUGUACAAAGGGUCUUGGACAAUUUCUCCUCAACUCUGGAUCAUCGGGACCAUCUUUCCAGCAGCUGGCUAUUCUCUUGGAUUUUUCCUGGCUCGUGUAGCUGGCCAGCCCUGGCACAGAUGUCGUACUGUGGCUCUGGAAACAGGGAUGCAGAACACUCAGCUGUGUACGACGAUUGUGCAGCUCUCCUUUAGCCCUGAGCAACUGUCACUGAUGUUUACUUUCCCUCUCAUUUACAGUAUUUUCCAGAUAGCUUUUGCAGCAAUAUUUCUGGGAGUCUACAUGCUCCACAAAAAGUAUUUUGCUGAUCGAAAGCAAGACUUUACAGACGCAGAUAAUGAACCAGAAUCGACGCCAACAUCAACGUACACCACUAUGAAUGGAGGAUUUGACUCAGAGAAAACUAUUGCUAAUGGAAACGUUUAAAUACUGUGGAUUUUCUGGAACAUUUACUUUUGAAAAUGUUAUGUAAAAUGUUUUUCAUAUUUCUACAAAAACUGGGUUACUUUUAAAUUAUUCAUUCAUUAGAGAACCCCUUGGCAUUUCUUCUUACUUUUUGACAGUGGGGGUUGGUUUGAUUUUUAUUUUCUAACAGAUGUUAUUCCAGUAAAGUGUAGCAAGCCACAAUAAACUAGUUAACUUAAAUCUCAGAAA